AUGAUGUCAACACCCCUGACAACAUCCAGGACCAGUGCUUUAUCUGAAAAGCACUGGGUGAUCUUAAUGACUACUGCGCAGGACCCCCGUCAUCCAGCCCAGGCGGCUACAGUGUCAGAAUCAGGCCUCCUGGCAGGGAACAGAGCCGUAAUAAACAGAAUUGGAGAAGGUGGAUUUGGACCUGUAUACAAGGGUACACUUCAUAAUGGACAAGAGAUAGCUGUGAAAAGGCUAUCAGGAAGCUCAGCUCAAGGUACAGAAGAAUUUAAAAACGAAAUUGCCCUGGUUGCUAGGCUUCAACACAGAAACUUGGUCCGACUACUUGGUUUCUGCUUGGAAGGAGAAGAAAGAAUACUCAUCUAUGAAUUUGUGACCAACAAAAGCCUUGACUACUUUCUCUUUGACCCAGAAAAGCAACCAUUGUUGGAUUGGUCAAGACGAUACAAGAUCAUAGGAGGAAUAGCAAGAGGACUUCUUUAUCUUCAUGAAGAUUCUCGACUUAGGAUUAUACAUCGUGAUCUUAAAGCCAGUAACAUAUUACUAGACAGAAAUAUGAAUCCAAAGAUCGCUGAUUUUGGCAUGGCAAGGCUAUUUGGAGUUGAUCAAUCUGAAGGAAAUACAAGUAAAAUCGCAGGGACAUAUGGUUACAUGGCUCCUGAGUACGCAUUGCACGGCUUAUUCUCUGUAAAAUCAGAUGUGUUUAGUUUUGGUGUUCUAGUUUUAGAAAUUCUAAGUGGCAAGAAGAACAGUCAGUUCAACCAAGCUCAUGGAGGAGAUGACCUUCUAAGCUAUGCUUGGAGACAAUGGAGGGAUGGAACACCAUUAGCAUUGGUAGAUCCAACAAUCGGAGAUACACAUUCAAGAAAUGAAGUUAUUCAAAGCAUCCAUGUCGGCUUGCUAUGCGUUCAAGACGAAAUUGAACAAAGGCCAACCAUGGCUUCAAUAGUUCUCAUGCUCAAUAGUAAUUCUAUAACAUUGCCUGCACCUAAUCCGCCUGCAUAUUUUGGUCGUAGUAGAACACAAAGCUCACCUAACGAUUUACAAGUAUCUGAUACAUCUACCGGCACCAAGUCUCCAUCAAACCCGUCUAUCAACGAAGUUUCAAUCACUGAAUUAUAUCCCAGAUGAACAACAGC